AUGGCAAGUAUAACUUUGCGCAAGAGAUUAGCACUUCUAUUUACUGUUUCAAUCUUCACCAUCGCUCUGGUAUAUUAUUGGAGGCUUCAAUAUUCACCUCAAAUCUCAGAGGAAAGAUUGCGUCCAAAGCCCGUAAUCCCGGAAAAGCCUGGUCUUAUUAAGGAGCCACCUGGUCAUGAUGACACAAAGCUUCAACACUCAACAGCCUCAAUUGAUUCAAGCACAUCAAUUAAUACCAUGACACAAACCUCCGCUACUCCAACAACUUCCUCCAUGACUUCGUCAAGCCCGAAUGUUACAAUUCCACAGGGAACGUAUAUAGGAAAACAAACAUUAAAAUACCCACAAGUCCUCGAAGAGUUUCUUGGAAUUCCUUAUGCAUUACCACCAACAGAAGAUCUUAGGUUUCGACCUCCUGUCCCGGUAAAGACAUCAACAGCAAUUUUUGAUGCCACAAAACCCGCAUCAAGAUGUAUGUCCGGUCCAGACAAUCAACCUCAAAGUGAAGAUUGUCUUCAUCUGAAUAUUCAUCGUUCCAAGAGCACCACGAAUUCACCAAACGAAAAAUUACCAGUUUUGGUGCAUGUUCAUGGAGGAGCUUUCAAUUUUGGGAAUGCGAAUGAUAGGGGAAUAGCAUCUCUGGUGGGCUGGUCUAAACAACCUUUGCUUGCAGUCACAUUUGAGUAUAGAGUAGGAGCUCUGGGCUUUUUGCCAUCGAGGCUAAUGGCUGAAGAGAAGGCUUUGAAUUUGGGCUUGAAAGACCAGAAGUUGUUGUUGGAAUGGGUCCAGAAACAUAUUUCAAGCUUUGGCGGUGAUCCAGAAAACGUUACUCUGAUGGGUCCCUCAGCUGGAGCUCAUUCUAUCGGUCAUCAUUUAAUGAACAAUGAUGGCUCCCCUUCCCUUUUUGCUAAAGCAAUUAUUGAAUCUGGGGGACCAAUAGCCCGCACUGUCUAUUCUUACGAUAACCCCCUCCAUGAGAUUCAGUUCUCAGAAUUCUUAGAUAAACUUGAGCUAUCUAGUAUUCCACGUACCGAAAUUCUUUCGAGACUUUGCAGUCUUCCUGUUUCAUUUAUCAAAGCUGCCUCGGAACAAAUCUUUGAAUCUUACAACCCCUCCCUCCACAGUAUUAUUCCAAUACCCCCAAUUGAGGCCUUUUUAAAUAAUAUAUAUUGUCACAUUCCUAUUCUUACUGGCUAUAAUAUUAAUAAGGGAUCUAUUUUCAUUCCUAAAACCGUUGAUAAAGUAGGUUCCUUUCUCAAUUUUUUUCAUGUACUUCUAUCCAAUCUUUUUAUGGAAGAUCUCUUAAUUAUCGAUUCCCUCUAUCUAAAUCCUGAAUACAAUCUAGACUCUUUAUACGCUUUCAAUAAUAUUACUCUUGAAAUAAGAAAUCAAUUUCAACACCUCGAUAAAGUAUAUGGAGAUUAUGCGUAUAUAAGUCCUAUACGCCAAACUGCUUAUUUUGCUUCUGGGGAAUAUCCCUAUGAAAACUUUCAUUCAAAUUCAAGUUUGCCUAAAUCAGCUCCAGUCUAUUUCUAUGAAUAUGUAGUUAAUAGUAGUGUCCUUCUUAAUGCCUCUUACGGUUUUCAAUAUCCCUUUUCUGUAUACACACUCCAGGUAGUCAAUAAAUCCACAACGAUCAAAGAAAUCGUAGACUUGAUGUAUACUUACUGGAUGUCCUUCAUAAUAUCUCCAGCAGGAAAUCCAAAUGCAAUUCCAGGUAGAUAUCCGACUCGCAUAGUGUGGUCAGAAUAUAAGGAUGAAAAAAGGAAACGACAAAAAAUGAUUUUCAAAAAAGGAAAUGAUGAGAUUGCGGGGGGUAAGGAAAAAGGCGUGGUGGUAGAGAUUGAAGAGGAUAGGGAGGAUAGAAUGGAGAAGGAAGCUUGUGAAUUUUGGUGGAAGAGAGUGAAGUUGUGGGAGAGUUGA